GGACCAAAAAUGGCGGCUUGCUCUUUGUGUUUCUGCUCUUGUUGGGGGUACUGCUUGUACCCUUUCUAUGCCUCUUUUCUCAGUCUACUUUCCGUUGCCUCAUCCUUAUUGCUGAUUUGCCAACUUGCCAUCUUUAGUAGUAGGAAAAAUAUCACCUCUGGAGGCUAAACAGUUACCAGUGAAGGAAAGACUGUUUUCUUGCAGCAGAUCUUCCUUACCUCAAGAAAGAAAACUUCCAUGUACUUUCUACCCCAAUUUCUAACCCAACAUCUCUUUUGAGAUCCAAUCUCCUCGUACCCUGUGUCCCCUUACCUUCCUGGUGCCACUAUGAUUGUGAAGGAGAUGGCUGAGAAUGGGUUUCAGUGGUAGGGACAACAUUUGUUUUUCAAUUUUUGAUCCAGAUGAUCACAUAGACACUGCAGCAGUCAGCAGCUUAGGAUUCUUCACCGGGGCUCUGCUUUGUUGGUCCUUGGCAUGGUGCUAUAGCUACUUUCUUCUUACAGGAGGUUUUUUGAAGUUCUUUCAGGAACGACACCCGAGCCUUUGUGGAAAGUAAUGAGUAAAAUUGCAUUUGUAUAUUCAUUAGAGCCAAUCUUCACUGUGAUAUUUGUCAUAAACAUGAACAAAAUUUGGGAGAAGGUUAUGUCUGUUUUAAGAGCUCAGAUAUUCCGGAGGAUGUUAAUUCAAAAGGUGGAAUUUUUUGACCGCUACAAGGUUGGGGAACUGACUGGAUUGUUGACCUCUGAUUUGGGGUCUGUUAAAGACAUUGUCAGUGAAAAUGUUUCAAGGGACAGAGGAUUCAGAGCACUUUCUGAGAUUGUUGGAACUAUUUGCAUCCUGUUCACUCUUUCACCACAACUCGCACCAAUAUUGGGUUUGCUUAUGCUUAUUGUCUCCAUUUUAGUAGCUGUUUACAAGCGGUCAACUAUGCCUAUCUUUAAAGCUCAUGGUUUGGCACAGUCAUUAAUGUCUGACUGUGUGACAGAAACAAUUUCGGCCAUUCGCACUGUGAGAUCCUUUUGUGGGGAAAAGCGCCAAAUGUCAGCAUUUGGUAACCAGAUACUUGCUUAUCAGGCGAGUGGCAUUAAGCUGGGGACUUACAAAUCCAUUAAUGAAUCAGUGACCCGAAUUGCAGUUUAUGUAUCAUUAUUGGCUUUGUAUAUCCUUGGUGGAAACAAAGUUAAAGCGGGUGAACUCUCAGUUGGAACUGUGGUUUCUUUCAUCGGAUAUACCUUUACUCUGACAUUUGCUGUUCAAGGAUUGGUUUAUACAUUUGGAGAUCUACGUGGGGCUUUUGCUGCUGUCGAGAGGAUUAAUUCGAUUCUCUCUGGGUCAGAAAUUGAUGAAGCUCUUGCUUAUGGUUUAGAAAGACAGAUUCAACCAAAAGAUGUUCAAGAUGAAAAGUUUCAAUUAUUUGUUGUCAAUGGAUUUGAUGAGAAACAGCAAUCUAAUCAUACGCAUUACAUGUCAGCCUUGGGCUCAUCAAGUGAUGUGUAUAACGUAGCCUGGUCUGGUGACAUUAGUCUUGAAGAUGUCCACUUUUCUUAUCCAUUGAGACCUGAUGUUGCGGUCCUUAAAGGUCUUAACCUUACAUUAAAAAGUGGAACUAUUACUGCUCUUGUGGGAUCAAGCGGUGCAGGGAAGAGUACAAUUGUACAGUUGCUGGCACGCUUUUAUGAGCCAACCAGUGGCUGCAUAACUGUGGCUGGAGAAGAUGUUAGAUUGUUUGAUAAAAGUGAAUGGGCUCGAGCUGUCUCAAUAGUGAAUCAAGAUCCAGUACUCUUCUCUGUGUCUGUUGCAGAGAACAUUGCAUAUGGUCAACCUGAUGCUAAUGUAUCUAAGGACGAUAUAGUAAAAGCAGCAAAAGCCGCUAACGCUCAUGAAUUUAUCAUCUCACUCCCACAGGGUUAUGACACUCUAGUUGGUGAGCGUGGAGGUCUCCUUAGUGGGGGGCAAAGGCAGAGAGUUGCUAUUGCGAGGGCGCUUCUAAAAAAUGCUCCAAUUUUGAUUCUUGAUGAGGCCACAAGUGCCUUGGAUACAGUUAGUGAGCGUUUGGUCCAGGAUGCUUUGAAUCAUCUUAUGAAAGGAAGAACUACAUUGGUAAUAGCUCACCGUUUAAGCACAGUGCAGAAUGCCCAUCAAAUUGCACUUUGUUCUGAUGGGAGGAUUGCAGAACUUGGGACACACUAUGAAUUGUUGUCACAAGAUGGCCAAUAUGCUUCAUUAGUGGGAUCCCAGAGGCUUGCGUUUGAGUGAAUUUGCAGUAUAUUACCAUAAUGGCUGUCAAUGUCCAUCAUAAAGCGCUACUGAAGGUGGAAAGAAGAUAUGCUUCAGUUUCAAAGGGAUACUUCAGAUACUAUAACAAGAUAAAGAACUAAGAAAGUUCUUAGUACAUUUCUCAUGUAAAGAAGCACAACAAUCACUUGUUACAAUCGGCUGCUGAUUCAUUGCUGUAAAACAUGCGGAAGAUUUGGAGCACUGCAUUUCUGGUUGCUGGCUGAAGAAGACUCAAAGGAUGAAGGAGAUAACCAUUGAUCCUGUUUGUAGAUUGGUGUUUUUUCUUUAGUCAUAUGUACAAGCUGUAAUUAGAGGUGUGGUAUUGGUUCUAGGUGUUUUUAAAUACCUGCUCACCCUUGUUAUACAAGGACACAAAUCUCUUUUUAUUUAUCAUACCAAUUUUUUUUUACAUGCAAUUAACAUUCAAAGCAUGAAUGAUUUCAUUGAUUUGCCAACUUCAAAAAGUACAUAAAAGAUUUUUAAUACCAUUUUUUUUGUUGUGCUGGGAUA